AUGCAAUCAGUCGAUGAAUUUACACCAUCAACAACAGAACCUGUAUUUGGUAGUGGUUUAGUUUCUCAAACAAAAACUCAAGCAUCAACAAAUAAUGAAAAUAGUGAUAAUGAAAAAGUAGCUCCAUCUUCAGAAUCUGUUACUAAUGGACCAAAUGAUACAACAAAUGACACUGAAAAUGCUACAACAAAUGACACUGAAAAUGCUACAACAAAUGACACUGAAAAUGCUACAACAAAUGACACUGAAAAUGCUACAACAAAUGAUACUGAAAAUACUACAAAUGGUACAACAGAAUCUGUUACAGAAAAUAUUGAUGCUGGUGAUUCGACAGCUGUACAUGGUAAUAGUCAAAGUGAAAAACCAACGGUUGAAACAAUGAAUGAAACAAAACCAACCGAAGAACCAAUUCCAGUUGAAAAAUCAGAACAAGUUGAAUUAACUGUUCCAUCUACAACUGAACCCGAACCAGUAUUAUCAACACCAAUAGAUACAACUAAUGAAGGUUCAUCAAUAACUAUUGAUACAGAACCACCUCCUCCUGCUGUUGUAGCAGUAGUAGCAACAACAACUACAAACGAUAAUGUUCCUGAGGUACCUAAACCAAGUGAUUCUGAAACAACAGAACCGAAAAGCAAAACACCUCGGAGUAAACCUAAAACAUCGGUUGUGUCAACAACACCAACACGUCAUUCAGCACGUGGUAGAAAAACGGCUUCAUCUUCAUCAACAAAUAUUGAAGAAAAUCAAACAAAUGAUGACACCGGUGCAACGACAACAACAACAACUACAACAAAUCAAAAUGAAUCAUCAAAACGUAUAAAACGACAAGCAGCUACUAUUGCUAAAGAUGCUAUAACAGCUAGUAAUCAACCAAAUUCAACAUCUGGUAGUAGCAUUGGAGAUGAUGGUAAUGAUCAAGAUGUGAUUCCAUCUGAUGGUGAUGAAGAUGAUGAUGUAACUGGUAAUAAAUCAAAAAAAUCAUCUCCAAUAGGACGUAAAAAACGUCGAGCAUCAGCAUCACCAACAAGUGUAACAAAAAAAACCAAAGGAAAAAAUUCGAUUACGUCAACAAGUAAUAUUGAUAAUGAAGGUAAAAAAGUUCAAACACCACCAAAAAGAGCACGAACAAGUUCACCGAAAAAAACACCUGAACCACCCAGUGAAGAAUAUGUACGAAAAUUACGACCAAGAAAAUAA